AUGAAGAACAUCAUGGAAGCUAGCACAUUUAUUCUCAAGGGACAAACCAACAACUCUGAACUGCAGAUCAUUCUAUUUUUCCUCUUUCUAGUAAUCUACCUUUUUACUCUAAUAGGAAAUGUAGGACUGAUUAUUUUAGUCCUUGAAGAUCCACAACUCUACACCCCCAUGUACUGCUUCCGCUGUGCAUUGUCUUCUGUGGAUGCCUGCUAUUCCUCAGAUAUCACGCCAAAUAUGUUAGUAUGUUUUAUGUCAAAAAACAAAAUCAUUUCAUUUCAUGAGUGUGCAACACAGAUGUUCUUUGCUGUUACAUUUGGAACAACAGAAUGCUUUCUUUUAGCAGCAGUGGCUUAUGAUCGCUAUGUAGCCAUUCACAGCCCACUUAUGUAUGCAGUGAGCAUGUCUCCUAGAGUCUAUAUGUCACUCAUCAUUGCUUCCUAUGCUGGUGGGAUUCUGCAUGCUGUUGUUCUCGCAGUGACCACGUUCAGCCUGUCUUUCUGUUGUUCCAAUGAAAUUAGACAUAUAUUUUAUGAUAUACCUUCUCUACUUGCUAUUUCCUGCUCUGAAACUUAUGUAAAUGAGCUCCUGCUCUUCUUCUUUGUAAGUUCCAUAGAACUAGUCACCAUCCUGAUAAUUCUGAUCUCCUAUGCUUUUAUCUUCUUGACAAUUCUUAAAAUGAAUUCAGCUGAAGAGAGGAGGAAAGUGUUCUCUACAUGUGGAGCUUACCUCAUUGCUGUAUCCAUUUUAUAUAGCCCAAGCCUCUUCAUGUACGUAAGACCCAGUUCCAGCUAUUCCAAGGAGUACGACAUGAUAGUAUUGGGAUUCCCAUGUUCAACCCCAUCAUCUACAGUCUCAGAAAUAAAGAUGUAA